AUGAAUUACGAAGACGACAGCAGCGAAGAUUCCCUACCUGAAGCCAUUGUGAGUGUACCGAAAGAGACGAUCACCAGCAUACUCUAUCCUUGCCCCUAUCCCAUGUGUUGCCACUGUAUGAUGCACGGACGCACUCCUUUCAGCACCCAGAAAAUAUACGCUCCGUGGGGAGACAACGGUCCCUGCUACCCAAUGUACUCAGGAGGCGUGUGCGGUAUUAGUGGGCCAUUUGCCGCCGUCCCCCCGUGUUACCUCCCGAGUCCGAAAAAUGCCUGCGAGCAUGGGAUUACGAUAACAAACGAGAAGAAAGCACCGCCGUAUCUUGGUCCUAACGACGUCUGGGUGCCCACUAGAAAACAACACAGUAAUCUUAGCCAAGGAACUAAUUUUGAUAAAAAAAGUGAAAAGUCUGGUACAUCCAGUGCACUCUCGAUGAUGACAAAAGGAACGAAGAACAACGGUAACAACGGAAAUAACAAUAGCAACAUUUCAACUAAAAAGUCGACAGAUAUGAUUGAUAGGAGUGAGGAGAACAACGAUGAUGACGACGAAGAUGACGAGAAUGAACGAACUAUUUUUCAAUUAAUGACUAAAAAAGAAGAUCCAGAUACUAUAAAAGGCAUAUACAUGAAAGCUGUCAGCGACCAAAUAAAAAAUAAAUUCACGCAAAAAAAUCUGAGAAACACGAUGAAUCUCUUAUCGGAAAACAACAAUGCAAAAGCAAAAUCUUCCGUCGGCAUUAAUAAUGCACCAAACAAAAGCAGCACUAUGAAGGAGAUUGCUAGGAAAAUAAUGAACAGCCAUCCAAACUCUUCUAAUAAUCAAAGCGACUCUGAUCAACCAAAGUGUUCUGCUACUUCAUCCUGUUUUUCCACCUUCUGCAUGCCGUUCUGUUCAAAACCAUGCUGCUAUCCGCCAUUUUGUUGUCCACGGCCAGGUUGUGGUGUACCGGCUGUUUUUACCCCAGCCUGCAGUGCACCCCUCUGCUGUGCACCCUCCUGUUGUGCUCCUUCCUACUGUCCUUGCGGUUCGUCAUCAAAUGCUACUACUGCCGACGACGAUGCCAGUUCAGACCUACCCGGUCGUAAACCGACAACAGAUUUAGCAGAAGCCGAUUUGGAAAAUUUGGUGAAUGGAAGUCUUCACGGUCUAAAAGCAGCGGAACAUUCUUGCUUUCCGCAGAUUGACAACCAAUGCUUCUGCCCUCCUUACUGCGGGCCAAUGAGCAUUAUGUACACCAGUCGUAAGCUGACUGUGGACGAGCAAAACCAGUUAGGUACAGAACUCUGCAAGUUACAGAUUGAAAAUUUGAGAAAAUACAGAGCUUCGAUGGGCAUAAUCGAUCCUGUGGAUUACGAUCCAGAAUUAGUACAUUCAUUCAAAUCCAAACCAACUAAAGAUAUUGGAGUUGAACCGUCUACAGAGAAAAAUAGGCGGCGUUCAACAGGAAUUAAUAGUGUUAAUAACGACGUUCGUAAAAAUUUAGUUGGGGACGCCUACGAACCACAAAAGGAGGAUGCAAAUGGCGACGCGGCAAAAACCGAUUUAGAAAAAAACAUGUCGGGUUUAAAAGAAGAAGAAUUUGAUGAAGAUGGUGAACCUAAAAGGAAAAAAAACGAGUUAGUUUUAAUAUUUCCAGCUCCGAACAAACCGGCUCGACCGACACUAAGAUGCGCGUGCCCACCACCCAUCCCAUCACCGUUCAAAGUUACAAUUCCUCCUGUAGACUGCACUCCAUGCAAGCAAACAACGUUGACGCCGUCUAGAGUUAAACUCGGAAAUUUCCUGGAUGGAUUAGUGAAUGAGGAUAAGAAAUGUUCAGAGAAAAAAGAAGAAGAACCCAUCCACAUGUAUCUUUGUCCGUGUCCGUUUGCUAAAAUACCUAAACCCAAAUGCUGUUUAUGUCCUUGCCCGUGCUCCUGCCCAUGUCCAGGUUCCUGUCCGUGUUCUUGUUUUGGUCCCUGUGGCUGUCCAUUUCCUUGCGGUCCUUGCGCAUGUCCUUCCUUUUGUCCCUGUUCGUCUCCUUGUUCGUCGUGUGGUCCCACUGAUUCUUCUCCGUCUAAUGACGCCCUGGGAUUUAAUAAUGGAAACAACGGAAGACGCGCAUCCAACAGAAAUAAUGGGAACAAUAUUUUUGAAAGUUGGAACACGAAUAGUGAUAACAACAACCCUCCCUUAAGAUGGAACACAAACAACGGCCACAAUGCUUCCCCAAUCUCGAAUGGCGUCAGAAAAAUAAGCUCCAUUAAACGACCGAGCAUCGCCACCAAAUUGACAACCCCGCCAAGUGUCAUGACUGGUUUGACAAAAAAUUUAAGCGCUCUUACAGGAAAAAGUGCUCCCACCAGUGGAUUCGUAACGGAGCGCCAAAACUUUGAAGAUGAACUCGAACAGCAAGAAGAAGUGGACAGCUGCAAAUCUCCACCAUGCUACGGAAACACGCCAUGUUGGUACGGACGCAGUUGUGGUGCAUGUGGCUGCUGCGGUUGUGGCUGCAGAUGUGGUCUUGGCUGCUGUCCAACAGGUCCUGCCUGCUGUGGCUGUCCAGGUUGUUGCGGAUUAAAUCCUCCUGCGCCAUUACCGCCAGUGUGUUUGUGCCCACCAGGGUGCAUAUGCCAAAGUCCUUAUCCCUGCGUCUAUCCCUGCUUGCCUCCACCUCCUCCGAUCCCUCCUAACUUGGGAGCACCGGCUUGUGGUCCUUGCCUCAGUGCCUACAGAGCUCCGGUCUGUAGGCUGCCCGCUUGCGGAAACAAUUUCCCGUACAAAAUUUUGCAAACAACUGUCUCUGAUUGA